UGCGCCCAAGAAGGGCAUUAUGGGAAGCCUUCGUUUCCGGAUGUCCGAGUUUCAUGACAAACUAUCAACACAGCCAUAAACUACCAACCAUCAUCGUUCACCCAAUCACAACCUCAAGAUGGCAACACUCCAAACGGGCUUUUCAACCCGUCUUUUGACGUUCGGCCUGCUCCUCAUUGCUCUGGUGGCCGGCACUUUUGCCGCCCCCUUGCGUGUCGACUAUGAACCCGCCCUUCCGCCUACGGGAGCUCCUCCUUCCCGCCCCGGACCUACUAUAAACAGACAAAGAAGCACCAAUGCCGAAUAUCUGGGGGUCGACAUGACGAUUUUGAACCAAGCUUCCUCAGGGGACUUGUUCAUCAGAAACGCCCAUCUCAGUUCGGGCAAGUGGUUCGAAUACCCCGACGCAGGCGAACAGCUUUCCCACGACCAAGUGGAAGCCAAAUCCGCCAGCCCAAACGGCGGAUCGAUGGUCGUGGCCUCAUCCGGUAGAGCCUGGACGCCUACCGGCACCGAGGGCCACUUCGACAUCUACCAUGACGACACCAAGGUGUGCCAUGUCUACUGGGAUUGUCCGUGGUCUCGUAGAUCGAAUUCCUUUGAGGUAUCCGAAGUUGAUGAUAACUAUGUGGUUGAAGCCACUGGGGCGAGUUUGAACAAGGGCCCGCUUGGAUCUAUUACUAUCGAGGUGGUAGAUACUGGUGAGGGAGAAUGAGCCAGAUGCGUUUUGGGGUGCACGUAGGUGGAGG